GGGAGAGAGGAGAGGCUGUGGCGGCUGAGCUGAGAGCUAAGAUGGCGGAGGGCGACAGCGGGAGCGAGAGAGGCGGCGGCGGCGGGAGCGGCGGGGCCGGGGGGGGCGGGGGCGGCGGCGGCGGGAGCGGGCUGUUGCAGCAGCAGCAGCAGGAGACCCAGGAGCUGGCCUCCAAGCGGGUGGACAUCCAGAACAAGCGCUUCUACCUGGACGUCAAGCAGAACGCCAAGGGCCGCUUCAUCAAGAUCGCCGAGGUGGGCGCGGGCGGCAACAAGAGCCGCCUGACCCUGUCCAUGGCGGUGGCCGCCGAGUUCCGCGACUACCUGGGCGACUUCAUCGAGCACUACGCGCAGCUCGGCCCGACCGACACCUCGGACUCGGCGGCGGGCGGCGGCGGGGGCGGGGGGGGCGGCGGCGGCGGAGGGAUGAACGCGGACGAGCCGCGGCGGGCGCUGAAGAGCGAGUUCCUGGUGCGGGAGAACCGCAAGUACUACAUGGACCUGAAGGAGAACCAGCGCGGCCGCUUCCUGCGCAUCCGGCAGACGUUAAAUCGAGGCCCGGGCUUGGGGGGCGCGCAAGGCCAGACCAUCGCGCUGCCGGCGCAGGGCCUGAUCGAGUUCAGGGACGCCCUGGCCAAGCUGAUCGACGACUACGGGGUGGACGAGGAGCCGUGCGGCCAGGCCGAGCUGCCCGAGGGCACGUCCAUCACGGUGGACAGCAAGCGCUUCUUCUUCGACGUGGGCUCCAACAAGUACGGGGUGUUCAUGCGGGUGAGCGAGGUCAAGCCCUCGUACCGGAACUCCAUCACCGUCCCCUACAAGGCCUGGUCCAAGUUCGGCAGCGCCUUCAGCAAGUACGCCGAGGAGAUGAAGGAGAUCCAGGACAAACACCGGGAUAAAAUGCUCUUCGAGAGGCGAGGAGGAGGUGGUGGAGGAACCGAGGAUUCUGAUGGAGAAGAUGUGGACGACGAUUGAAAAGAGGGAGAGGAAAAAUGAGUAAUGGUCUUUUUACAAAUGCUUAAAAGAUUAAAAAUUAAAACGAAAUCAAUCACACAAAACAAGACAAAAAAAAGAAAGAAAAAGAAAGCGAGAGAGAAAUAGAAAUCAAAUAACAAAGAGUUUAAAAAAAAGAUUUGGGUUUUAUUCGGGACGAUUUGAAUAUGAAGAAAAAGAAGACGUUUUAUUAAAAAAAAUCAAAUAACAAAGAGCAAAAGAUUUGGGUUUAUUGGGUCGAUUUGAUUGCGAUUUGAUUUCGAUUCGAUUGCAAAGAAGAAAAAGUUUAAAACCGAAACACAAAAAAAGAAAAGCCGAAGACAAGCUAAAGAGAGAAAGAGAAGGAAAAAUGAAAAAAGAAAUCAAAUCGAUAGUUUUUUUUUGUUGGGGAAACACCGUUAUAUCACUGAAUUGAGCAGUCAAAAAGUCAUCUUAAAAAAGGAGGAAACAAACGGACUUGCAACUUAAAACAAAUAAUAAAUAUAUAUUAUUACGAGCGAGAGAGGGAAAAAAGAAAAAAAAGCGAUUUCUUCAGAAGGAAGAUGUGGAUUUGUGCAAAAUACACACUGUUAUUUGUGGAAAAGCGUCGUUAUCACUGAAACAUCAGCAAUUCAGACAAGCAAGAGGAAAAGCAUGAGUUUUAAUAAUAACACACACAAAAAUAAGAGGAAAGUUCCUAUAAGGGGAGCAAACGGAAAAAAAAAUAAAAAGAGGCGAAAAAAUAUGACCUCAACAGGAGAGAGAAAAUGAUUUGAGGAAACAGGAUCGGAUCACUGAAGCCAGCAACGAUUCAAGAAGAUGUCUUUCCAUACGAGGCAAAAAAGGUCUUAUGGGGAAAAAAAAUUUAAGGUUAUUUUAAAUACUGGACAAUCGAGAUGAUUUUUUUUAAGACAAAAAGUUGUUUUCGUUGCUAUAAUAUUUCUUUAUAUCUUCUACGAUAAAAAAAAUUAUCUUGUUUCUUACGUGGAAGAUUGCAACGGUUUUUAAAUUAGAGAGAGGGAGGGAGAGGGCAAUAAAUUAUCGAGGUUUAAUUGCUUCCGUUAAUAGAGUGCGGAAGGACAGUGCUGGUUGCAGAUAGUUUCUGCUGUCACGGUUAGCAUGCAGUGAGGAGUAAGAUGAGUUCAGAAUAAGGAGAAUAAUGUGGCCUGUUCUGUUUGUGAAUUUGUUCCUUAAAUCGUGCAGUUUACAGUAUUUUGGGCUAUGUUAAUUGCUUCAGUGUAGAAAUUCUGCUGCUAGUCUGAACAUGUUAACCUCUUAGUAAAGACUUCUUGUAACUAGCUCUGCAGCUACUGUGCAAAGCAGGCCGAUGAGACAGCAUGUCAAGCCUUGUAAGACGUACUUUUUUUGUUUUUUUAAGUUUUAUUUUUUAUUAACUGAUAUCCAGACAGUACGAACUGACUUUUCCAGAUUUGAGAAUGUGCAUUUGCUUUUAAAUCAAAUUAUUGUAUCACAAAGUUACUUCGCUUACUUAAACACCCCCUUCUAUUUCCCAAGAAAGAAAUGUUUAUGUACUGCACGCCACAAAACUACUUAGAUGUUGGAUAAGAUAGGUAACAACAUUGAUCUGUUAACCUUAGCACAAACCAUUGCUAUAAAGGGAUCAAUAAUU